CUUUUCUUCAACCUAUAAGAGCGGAAGCGCCUUCAACUUCAGCAACUGUCAUGGCGUCCACGGCCGCGGCUCGAACAGCAGCUGGUGCUGCCAAGGUGGUGAAACCCAUUCUUAGUCGGGACUUGGACGAGGCGAAGCGCAGAGUUCGGGAGCUGUACCGGGCCUGGUACCGUGAGGUGCCUAAUACAGUGUCACUGUUUCAGCUGGACAUCACGACUCGCCAGGGCAGAGACAAAGUGCGGGAGAUGUUUGACAGAAACAGGCACGUCACGGACCCCCGCGUGAUCGACAUGCUGGUCAUUAAGGGUAAAAUGGAACUGCAAGAAACCAUCCACAUCUGGAAGCAGAAGACCCACGUGAUGCGUUAUUUCCAUGAGAACGAAGAGCCUCGAGCGACAGACUUCCUGUCCAAAUUCUACAAAGGACACGACCCUUGAACUGUGUAGCUGACCUCUGACCCAUCUUUGCUCGUUUCCAGUGUGAAAGAUGAUCCCCUUUAUUGUAAAUACACACUUUAACUCUCA